UGAGACCAAAUCCAAAUAUAGCCAGCUAUUUAUAGAACAACUACUCACAGACUGGGCUUCACAUGUUCUCUGCCCUGACACCAGCACACUGCCCUGUGAGGGGACUGGGAGGAAAUCAGUCUACACUGUUUGGCUUUGGACUGUAGACUCAAACAGCAUGGGGGACUUCCAGAACUUUGAACAGGACUUCUACCAAACAGGAUAUUAUGUGGAUGACCAGGGUAACACCGUGGCCUACUACGAUCAGUACGAUUCCUCAAGCCCUGCUUAUUACAAUACUGGAGCACAGCCGUUCGUGCCUGGUGCUCUGGAUCCUUCCAUGGAGCAGCAGUACACUGAACAGUUCUACCAACCUGCCGAAAGCACAGGAACAGAUUCUCUUGAAGAGGAACCCAGCCUUCUUGAAGAGCUUGGCAUCAAUUUUGACCACAUCUGGCAGAAGACCCUGACUGUGUUGAACCCUCUGAAGCCUGCAGACGGCAGCAUCAUGAAUGAGACUGAUCUAACAGGUCCCAUCCUCUUCUGUGUUGCACUGGGCUUCACUUUAAUGAUGGCAGGAAAAGUCCACUUUGGGUAUGUGUAUGGGAUCAGUGCUACAGCCUGUAUCGGGAUGUACGUUCUGCUGAGUCUGAUGAGUUCUGUGGCAGUGUCUUAUGGCUGUGUGGCCAGCGUCCUGGGCUACUGCCUCCUGCCCAUGGUGGCCCUCUCUGCAUUUGCUGUCUUCUACUCUUUGCAAGGUGUCCUGGGAACAGUUCUGGCCGUGUUAGCGAUCUGUUGGUGUAGUCUCUCUGCCUCGAAGAUCUUCAUCUCCACCCUGGCUAUGGAGGGCCAGCAGCUGUUGGUGGCUUACCCAUGUGCCCUGCUCUAUGGGAUCUUUGCACUGCUCACUGUGUUCUAAUCAUCACCAGAUCAUAUGCAUGCUAUUUUAUUACAUAGGAAAAUAUUAUUAAAGUUACAAUCUGUUUUAUUCAUGCCAAAAAAGUUAGAGGAAGUUAUUUUAUUGACAUACCUAUUAGUCUCAUCAGGUAAAGUGCUCAAUGGGAUUUAAACAGAUACUGGGAAUUUGGUGGGUGAUUGCAUGCGGUAUGUAGAGCUUCAGGUCAAGGCUGAAUGGUUUAACUUCCUCUCUGUUUCAAUUUUGUUUUAUUUUUUUAAAUGAAGCUAUAUUUAAUACUUCUACAUGGUAGAUAUUUGACUGAUACAAUGUCUACUAUGAUACCUUAAUGCCUUGUAUGUUAUUUAUUCUG